ACUUCCCUCCUCACUUCUCUCCUGGCUACUGCCAGGUCCGAGUGCCUACUAGGGCUAAGGAGAGGGCGAAAUUGGCAGCGAACUGAACAGAUCAGUCAGAGGAAGAAGGAACGAAGUUAGAGAGUCAGAGUCUCAGUCUCUCUCUCUCUCUCUCUCUCUCUCUCUCUCUCUCUCACACACACACACACACACACACACACACACACACACACACACCACGCACUUACACUCAAAACUCGGACUGGCGGUUCCGCGGCUCCUCCAGUCCCUGGAAAAGGCGAGCUAGUGAGCGCCCUCCAGAACACUGCUCCCACCCCAGCUCCGGCACGCGCUGAAGGCAGCUCUAACCCGCGUCCCCAGCGCAGCCGCUUUGGCCGGGUGUUCCCGAAAAUAAAGUGGGGAGGGAGGGUAGAGGCAGCUCCUGAAAACACCCGGGCCACACACGCGGCGACCUACAGCUCUUCCUCAGCGUUGGAUUGGAGACAACGCCUGCAGCGCCCUGCGCGGGUGAGAUCCGCGUCGCUGCCCAAGAAGAGCCCACCUGCGGGUUCGCGCUCAAUCAGCGCAGAAAGUGGGGCUUGCCGCUGUCCGGUUCCAGCUGUGCCCUGGGCUCCCAGUGCCCUUACCGCAGCGGCUUAGAAGUUCAACCCUCAGCCUUGUCGCCGGCCCCUCGCGCCUUGGGAGUGUUCCCGUGCGAUGCACCGAGCCGACGCGCGGCACCCGGACCUCGCCAUGGCUGGGGCGCGCAUCCUGCUCUAUCUGUGGCUGGGCUUCUUCAGCGUGAGCCUAGUGCAGGGAGAGAGACCGAAGCAACAUUUGCCCGAGCUCCACCAAGCUAUGCCAGGAGACCGCACGGCAGGUGGUGGCCCGGGCCCAGAGCUGCAGCCUCUUGACAAGGUGUCGGAGCAUAUGCUGCGGCUCUAUGACAGGUACAGCGACAGUGGCAGAGUGGAGGCGGCACGGAAGCCAAGCUCCCGACAACGAAGCUCGCAGCCCCGGCGCCCUCAGCCCUUGCGCGAAGGCAACACAGUUCGCAGCUUUCGUGCGGGAGCAGCAGGAGACCUUAAAAGCAAAGGACUGCAUAUUUUUAAUCUGACUUCCCUAACCAAGUCUGAAAACAUUUUGUCUGCCACACUGUAUUUCUAUAUUGGAGAGCUAGUAAACAUCAGUUGGAAUUGUCCAGUGUCCCCAAGAUGCUCACAUCAUGCUCAGAGAAAACACAUUCAGAUAGAACUCUCUGCGUGGAGCCUCCAAGCUAAUCUAAACCAAAGCCAACUCCUGGGUCAUCUGUCAGUAGAUAUAGCCAAACCUCAUCGAGAUACCAUGUCUUGGCUAUCUAAAGAUAUCACUCAGCUCUUGAAGAAGGCCAAGGAAAAUGAGGACUUCCUCAUAGGAUUUAACAUGACCCCCAAAGCACAGCAACUGCCAAAAAGGAUGGUUCCUUUUCCGGAGCCUUAUAUCUUGGUGUAUGCCAACGAUGUUGCCAUUUCUGAGCCAGAAAGUGUAGUGUCAAGCUUACAGGGACAUUGGAAUUUCCCCACUGGAGCUGUUCCCAAACUGGAUAGCCACAUCAGAGCUGCCCUUUCUAUGGAACGAAGGAAGAAACGCUCUACAGGUAUCUUGUUGCCUCUGCAGAACAAUGAGCUUCCUGGGGCAGAAUAUCAGUACCAGGAGGAAGGGGUAUGGGAAGAAAGGAAGCCUUACAAGACCCUUCAGACUCAGCCUCCUGAGAAGAAUAAGAACAAGAAGAAACAGAGAAAAGGACCUCACCAAAAGAGUCAGACGCUUCAGUUUGAUGAACAGACCUUGAAGAAGGCAAGAAGAAAGCAGUGGGUUGAACCUCGGAAUUGUGCCAAGAGAUACCUUAAAGUGGACUUUGCGGAUAUUGGCUGGAGUGAAUGGAUUAUCUCCCCCAAGUCUUUUGAUGCUUAUUAUUGCUCCGGAGCCUGCCAGUUCCCCAUGCCAAAGUCUUUGAAACCAUCAAAUCACGCUACCAUCCAGAGCAUAGUGAGAGCUGUGGGGGUUGUUCCUGGGAUUCCUGAGCCUUGCUGUGUGCCAGAAAAGAUGUCCUCACUCAGCAUUUUAUUCUUCGAUGAAAAUAAAAAUGUAGUGCUUAAGGUAUAUCCUAACAUGACAGUAGAGUCUUGUGCUUGCAGAUAACCUGGCAAAGAACUCAUUUGAAUGCUUCAUUCAAUCAUUAGUUUAUUUUUAUGGACUUUUUUUUUUUUGCACUGCCAAUGCAUUUUGUUCCAAAAGAUUGUUUUAUAGUCAAAAGAGAAUGAGCAAAUAGAUUGAAGAUUUCUACCAUGCAGAACUGGACUGCAUUUGUUCCUGAAUGUAACUAAAAAUAAAUUUGUAGUAAAUAUGGACACAUAUUUCUUUCUUUUGAAAAAAAUCACAUGAGGAAAAGUAUCAAACUGUUUUUAGAACUGUUAAAGAACAUUCUGAUUUAUUUUUGUAAGGGGCUUUAAAAAUAGAAUGGAGAAACAGCAGUAGCUUAUCAUUUAUCUCUACUCAUUCUAACAACUUAGGGGAAACAGUAAUUUCAUAUUUUUAAGUAGGCUUGUUGCCUUAGAUUUCUGAAAAAACCCAACAUGUUUUAAAUAUUCCAGUCAAUGUUAAUGUUUAUAUUAGAAGUUCUUCACUUGUUUACCCUUGUUUUCUUUACACAAGUCACUGUGUGCAUUGAAGUGAGGGUAUGCUGAGUGUGUGUGUGUGUGUGUGUGUGUGUGUGUGUGUGUACAUGUGCCUGGGUCUGUGUCCUCUAUAGGUAGUGUACUUAAUAUGACUCUGUAACUCAGUCUACACAGGAUUCCUUGUUUUUCAGUUUCAUGUUCUGGCAAGCACCAUUUUAGUAUGAGAAAUUUACUAAAAUGGUAGAGCAAUUCAAGAGCAUAUACAGAGUUGCCAUUGGAUCCUCCAUUAUAUUGGAAAUAUUGCCAUUUUCAGUUUUCUGCCUUCCAGAAAAGGGAGUCAGCAGCUCAGUUUUUAAAAAUCCCAGAUGCAACUCAUCUUUUGCACUUCUUUCUUAUAUGUCUUUUCUAAAAUUAAUUUUAUAGUCCUUCCUGUUAGAUGCUGUGGUGUAUACCAAUACCAGACACUCAGGAGGGUGGCUGAGGCAGGAGGAUGGCAGGCUUGAGGCCAGUCUGGGCAACUUAGUGAGACCCUGUCUCAAAAAGAGAAAAAGAAAAGAAAAAGAAACUCCCUGUAAAACACAAGAAUAGCAACAAUUCUUCCUGAGGCCAUUGGAAUUUUACUUGCUUGUUAAUGCCUUGCCUUCCUGUGGAAUUGCCCAUAAACCUUGACUAUCAACACUCUCACGUUGGUUGAAUAUCAUUCAUCAACCACAUCUGGAUCAAGGGCACCUUUUUCACACAAAUUUGGGCCUUUGCCUCAGUCAUGGAAUCUACACUUUAGCAAAGCUCACAAAGUUUAUCCACCAGGAAAAGGAGUCAAAUGUAGAUACUAUUUGGUUUUUGUUUCAUUUCCAUUUAUCAUACAUACUUUUAUCUCAUUUUUGUCCUAGAAUAUUGUUUUAUAAAUCUUUCCCUUGCUAUAUUUGCUUGAGAUACAAGAAGCCAUUUCAGGCUGUAGAUGGUUGUUAGUGUUUUAUCUGUGGUUAGUCCUUGUCUUAGUUGAGUAUUACCUGGUGAAUAGAAAUAACUAGUCUGUUUUGGAAGCUGUGCCGGAUCAGAAGCCAUGGAAUUUUGCUAAUAGCUAUCUAUGGUGGUUCAGUCAUCUAAUAAAUAUUUAUUGAGCAUCUAUCUAUUUUGUGGAAGGUUCAAGUUAACUGUGUGUCUUGUGUCCUCCCUGGUAAAAUGAAGAGACUGACCACUUGAGCUGGAAGUCCUAUUGGCACUGAAGGUUUGGGUUUUUAUUAUAAGCUAUUCUGUACACAUCUUCCUUGAGGGGACUAUAGUGAUGGAUGUGAAAACACUGCAAGUAUCUCUGUGCAUUAGCCAGAUGAAGGAACAUCCCCACACUUCAGUGUUGGUAAACCAGUGUGGCAUUCUCUGUAGUCUAAGUAGUAUUUUAUUGGAACCUAUUAAAAGGAUAUGAAGAGAAGCUCUUUGCCACUUUAGAAAUAUACAAAAGCUGGUGUGGGUGUGUUUUAACUCUGAAUGAGAUAUAACAGGUCUAAAAAAUGAAUGAAGUUGUGGUGUCUAAGUAACCCUGUUUCCUCUAGUUCACUUCCUUGUUGUUGUUGUUGUUGUUCUGGUACCAUAAAGUUAAAGAUUCAAACCAAGAUGUGGGAUGAAAUUACUUUAUAAAAAUUGUUCUUAUCACUGGGUGUGAUGGUGCACAGCUGUAAUCCCAGUGGAUCAGGAGGCUGAGGCAGGAGGAUCUCAACUUCAAAGCCAACCUCAGCAACUUAGCAAGAUGCUGUCUAAAAUAUAUAUAUAUAUAUAUGAAAUGGGCUGAGAAUGUGGCUCACUGGUUAAGUGCCCCUGGGUUCAAUCCUCAGUACCUCUCACCCCCUCCCCAAAAAAAAAUGUUCCUAUACAUUUGAAUGCCAAAUUUUAAAGACAGAAAUGAACCAGAGUGUCACUGCCAUAUCUCCUGGUCAUACUGUCUUUUUACAAAGAAAAUUUCUUGUUCCUUGGUAUAUUUGAUUAAAUUCUUAACAGUUUUUCUUACAGAUGCAUUGAUGAAAAAGGCUGGCAAUUUUUAGUAUCACUUCUCAGCCUCAUAUACAAAUUAAAGUCUGUUGCCUUUCUUAAUGUGAAUCAAUGCGUAUUUAAUAUAGAUUAAAUACCAAAUGGCCAAAAAAUACUUUAAGUAAUAAAAAUUUCUAAGUACCAACUAAUUACAAUUUAUUGUAAGUAGCAAUUGAUAUGAUGAUACUACUACCUAAAGAAAGAUCUUGGAAAGUCUCGUAGCAAUGGAAAUAGAUUUCCCUGGUAACUUUUUCCAGGUGACUUUAUAGCCAUCAUUCAACCUCCUUUGUAUUGAGGACAUAUUAUGCUAUCUAUGGAAAAAGUUUUAUUCCCAAAGAAUAAAGAAAGAUUGCUGGGUGUGGUGGCACACACCUGUAACCCAGUGACUCAGGAGGCCGCAGCAUGAGGAUUGCAAGUUCAAGGCCAGCCUCAGCAAAAGCGAGGCGCUAAGCAAUUCAGUGAGACCCUACCUCUAAAUAAAAUACAAAUAGGGCUGGGGAUGUGGUUCAGUGGUUGAGUGAUCCUGAGUUCAAUCCCCUGUUCCAAAAAAAGAAAAAAGAAAAAAAAAGAAAGAAAGAAAGAAAAAAAGAAAGAAAGAAAGAAAAAAUUGGCAUGGAUGAGAAAAGAAAUUACAUUUACAAAAUGCCAUGUCCUAAAAUUCAUGCAUCUCUCUCUCUCUCUUUCCCUAUUUUCCUUCUUCCCUUUAACCCUUCCACUCUCAACCUUCCCCUAGCCAUUCUGCAGUGUGGGAACCCACCCCCCCCACACAUACACACCGUCAUUUUAUAAAGGAGUUCUUUGUUCAAUAACUGUUCUCUGGAAUUCCAAUUAAGGGACAGCCAAUGUUGAUUAGUAUUUUAAGAAUACUUUAUUGUAACCUAUGUAAAUAACAUACAAUUUACAGAAUUGGGGUUGUAGAACUUAAACUGGAAGAUUGGAUUCCUCAGAUCUCAGGACUACAGUAUUCCAGGUUAAUUUUUAUAUUCACCUAGCUAUAUAUUAACUGUGGAUCAUUUAUUCAGUAAGAUAAAUUUUUACCUAAUAUUUCUGUAUGACUCAUUGUCCAUUUAAUAUUUUCAUAGAUAAUCAUAUGUGAGUUAUACUAUCAUCAGCCAUCUUAUAAUUUUUAAGAUAUAACUAUACUAUUCCGUUUAAUCUUGCUACUUUCACUUUUCUCUGUGCUAACAAGUAAUGUCUGGACAUUGGCUUCUCGUUGAAUCAAGGUUGGGUUAGAGAAUAGCUUCAGCACACUUAAUGUAUAAGAUUAAAUAAGUGAUUAAAUAAGAAAUCUUGGGUAAGUCUGACUUCUCUGUAUAACUUUUCUUCCUUUGAGAGCUGUAUUUUAAUGUAGUUAAUAAGUGAUAAAAUAAUCCCCUUUUUCUGAAAACGAAGCUUUCCCUUCAGCUUUUCACACUAGUUUCUGUAAAUGUUUUAGAUGAGAAAUGCUUGUACAGUAAAUGGCAAUUUAAAAAAAUAUAUAUAUAUAUUAUAUGUAUAUGGAAAAACUUUAAAGAUGCUUUUAAUUUAUUUAAUGACUGUUGCCUUCCUAUAAUGGUUAUAAUUUUCAUCAUUAGAAAAUGAGAAAAAAAAUCUUUUUUUACUAUAGUUCCUAGAUGCAACAUGAAAUUUGGUUCUUUAGUCAAAUCCAUUUAAAGGGUGUAUUGCAGUGAAACUGUGAAGGACACUUCACUACUGAUGUGCUAAGCUUUGCUGAAUUUGUAUCACUUUUCUCCAGUAAUGAAGAGCUUUUCAUUAUAUCAUAUGGAAAUAAAAAUUGCUUAACUGAA